AUGGAAGUGAUCAGAUCUCAAAUCAUGCCAUCAGACGUCGAAGAGGAUCCGUAUGCCAUUUCAUCGGAUUCCGAAUCGGAGGAAAUCAAGAAACCGCCACCGAAGAUUCAAAUUGGAGAACGCUCGGGGCAGCUCAAUCAAUUGAAAACCGCAUUAACUGAGAAGAAACAAUCGGGGAAAGAUGCGGAACGAUUGAAAGAAAUCGAGGAUCUCAAGGCAAACAAUGAGGCCAAGAAUAUUAAAAAGGGUUUUGAGACGGGAAAAGUGAGCGUAAGUGAAAAUGCAGAGAUGGCGGCAAGAGAAAAAGCGGAAAGAGACGAGGAAAAACAGAGGAUCGCCCAAGCAUCAAAGGAAAACUACUCCAAGUUUAAAGACAAAUUCGAGCGCUUGGACAGCACAUUGGAGGAGAAUUUGGAGGAGAAAUUGAAAAGAAUGGAAAAAGAACAGAUUGGAUUGGGAAAAGAUGGAUUGGCGAGUGCGGUGAAUAGAUUCGAGAAGGGAAACGAUGAAGAUGGGAAUAUUCAGAAGGAGAAAGUCGAGAUUACAAGAUCGGAAGCGGAUCGAAAGAGGAUUAUGAAUGCGUUUCAUGGGGGUGAAAUCCCAAUGGAUGACGGACCGCAAGACUGUGUCCUCUGUCAGAAAAGAGUUUAUCCAGUGGAAAGAAUGAUUGCAAAUCGAUCGAUUUAUCACAAAAAUUGUUUCCGAUGUGCAACAUGUAACAAGAAAUUACUGGCCACCAAUUAUGGUUCACAUGAAGGGAAAUUGCUGUGUAAAGGACAUUUGUGGGAAGCCCUUCAUCCAGGAGCUGCCAUUCCAGCUGAUGAUCUUGAUUCUGAAGACGGUUCAGCUUCUGAUUCGGGUGACGAGGAGUUCGCGGUGACAAAUAAACCCCGAAAGGUCAACAAAAACAUUGUGAAAUCCGGUGGAAUGGAUAUUAGCGAUGAGCUCUCUCAGCUUCGAUCACUUAAGGAAAAGAAAGGCGAAUUCGAGACUUCCGUCAAAAAUGCUGAAGCGAUUGAGAAAAAGAGUGGUAUCGAGGAGGAGAUCGCUGCGGGGAAAGUCAAGGAAAAUAUGGGAAGAUUUGUGAACGGGGCCAACGAGGAGACAAAAAUCAAGAGAGAAGAGCUUCAUUUCGAUCAAGUUGGUGAUAUCAAGAACAAAUGGAAAACCGGCCAGGUGGAGACAGCUGAACAAAAAGAAGCACGAGAAACAGAGGAUUUGCAAGCAUUGAGGGGAAGCAUCAACGUGAAGGAGAGAUUCAAGGAGAGAACUGAAGGAGAUAGUGAAGCGGUGGUUGAGAGAUCGUAUGAUGCUAGUCAACUCAAUACCUCGUCGGCUGCUGAGGCUCGGAAAUCUUUUAUGGAGGGACGAGCCUUCGAAUCAUCGGGAUCGAUCAAAAAAGAAACGGCUGAUGAUAUUAUUUCUGGAAAAGCCAAAGAUUUCAAGGAGAAAUUCGAGAAAGGACAAGGAGAUAUUAAUGAAGUACAAAAGACACAGGUGGAAAUUGAUGGAAUCAGCUUGGAUCAUUUGAAGAGUGCUUUUGAGGCAAAAGGAAGGAGCACAGUCAACAUGACUCCCGAAGAACGGGCUGAGCAAAAACAGAAAGAAAUCGAAGCCGAAUUCUUGAGAUACAAAUUGGCGAGGAAAGCCGCCACGAAAAGGGCACAACAAAUGGCGGAAACUGGUGAAGAAGAAGCACAUGUAAUCGGUGGAGCUGAUACGGCGAGCGGGGUUGGAGUCGGUGGAAUAAGAGACACAUUCAAUUCCGGACGAGCUUUCAACAAUAAUGAACCGGGUAAAGAUGGAAGCGGUUUGGAUGUCGAGGUGAAAGUCGCCGGGAAAGCGAGAGCAAAAUUCCAACAAUUAGACACAAAUGCGCAGCCGGUUUUGCCGAAAGAACAGAGAAGAGAACCCUCAAAAUGGGACAAGAAAGAGACAGCAUUGGGAGAUGUGGUCAAUCGAAGAGAUCAACAAGAUGACGAAUCCGAGGAGGAAGAGUAUGAUGUGAAGAAUUUAAUGAAUAAAUUCAAAAAUAUCGGAGAAAAUGACUCGAAUAAGGCGAUCAAUUCAGAGCAGAGAGCUGAACUUGAGAAGAUUCGAGUUCAAGCGAAGAAUUUGAAGCAACAAUUUGAACAGGGACAAGAAGAGGAUCAUGAUGCAGAGGAAUACAGGAAGAAAGAGAUGGAAGUCGAGUUUGACAGACUUAAAAGAGAACGAGCCGCAAUGCAGCAACGACUCCAGGAGGAAAGAGAUUUGGAGGAGAGGGAAAGAGCACAGGAUAAAGAUGAGGAUGUUGGCAUAAAAGCAGAACAUGCAUCGAAAAUGGCUGCGAAAUGGGAGAAAAUUCAUCAAAAAGAGGCGCGCAAAGCGGAGAAAUCGAGAAUGCCGACAAAGGGCGGACAAGAUCAC